CGAAGGGCGGGGCGGCCGCGCAGGGUCCGCGGGCGGCUACCCCGGGGCUCGCGCUCGGAGCAGUACUUGAGGAGGGGACGCAGCUGGUGCCCGGGAGCGGAUGCUGGAAGUUCGCAUCCCGUCGGUGGGGCCCGAGGCCGAGGGGCCCAGGCAGAGCCCAGAGAAAGGACACAUGGUGUUCCGAGUGGAGGUGCUGUGCAGCGGGCGCAGACACAUGGUGCCAAGGCGCUACAGCGAGUUCCAUGCACUGCACAAACGGAUCAAGAAACUGUACAAAGUGCCUGACUUCCCAUCGAAACGCCUGCCCAACUGGAGGACCAGAGGAUUGGAACAGCGCCGGCAGGGCUUGGAGGCCUAUAUCCAGGGCAUCCUGUACCUGAACCAGGAUGUGCCCAAGGAGUUACUGGAAUUCCUGAGACUCCGCCACUUCCCCAGUGACCCCAAGACCAGUAGCUGGGGCUCACAGCUGCACCACCGGCCUGUCAUCAGCUUUUGCAUGGAUCCAUACAUUUCCACUCCUUCUCCAGCCCUCACUGCAAUAACAGCCAAUGCCUGGAGUGUGGACAGGGUGUGCCAGAAACUGCUCUAAGCAUCUGACAGCAAACCACCCCAUGAGGCAGGAUAACAACUCUGUUUCAAAGAUGAAGAAGCUAAGAUGCAGAAAGGUUAAAGGAAGCACAAAGCUGGAAUUCAAACCAAGGAGUUUCUGCUCUGACCCACUAGGCUAUAAUCUGCAAGGGUUAGGUCCCAAGCCACCCUGCUGAGCACAGCUGUGCCAAUUCCUCAGCAGUCAGCUAGCUCUUGGCUCUACAGAGUAAAUCCUGUCACAUCAUUUCCCCUCAAAUCUUUUGUGCAUGGGUAUUGCUUCCAUUCAAGCCUUUAGCAGGUCCCCACUCCUUAGAGCACGAAGCCCAAGUGCCUGGCCAUAACACACCUCUCUGCACCCCGAUGUAUGCUCUAAUUCCAUUUUUACUACCCCACCUUUGUCAAGCUCCUGCCACAGAACAGGGUGGGACUCAGUCCUCAUCCCUACCUCUUCUCUAUCCACCUAGGACCCUUGCUCAAAUCUUCUCUCAUGUUCACAACGCCAUUUCCUGAUUACCUUGGCAUCCAAUGCCUCCUGUUUGUCAAUACUUCAACAAUGGCUGACCCUCCUGGGCACUCACCACACUCCAGGCACUUAACACUCAGGAUCUCACUCUAAUUCUUCCAGCCCUAUGCUUCCCCACUCCCAUUACAGAAGAGGAAACAGGAGCUCCAAGGUGUCAUUGGCCUGAGCUCACAAGGUAAAAAGGUGGCAGAUAUUGGAUCAAACAUGACCAUGUCUAACUCACAAAAACAAUUUAUAUUAUCCCGCUUUGUGCCCUGUUAUCCACUUGCUGCAUUGAGUUCCUUCUGUCUUACUUAAAUCUUAUGUUGCUAUGUAGCUUUCAGAGUUUCUUCUAGAAAGACAAUGACAAACAAAUUGA